GCGCUGUUUGCGGGAUUUGCUGGAAGAAGCCGCCUGCGUGUCACUGACGCUCGCCGCGUCAUGCAAAGAGGGCGCCAAACGUCACGUCAGGUGGCCGGGGGCCCCCUCCGCACACGCUUUGCAAAAUUUAAAAGCAAAAGGCUCAAAGUGUCCCCUGCGUGUCAAAGCCGCUUGCUGACGUUUGCUGUAUGUGACGUGCGGAUCAUGAUCUUGCAGGGUACGGCGGGCGGAGCAGCCAUCACUUGCCCACUGCGCUCGCUGCCAGCUGCCUGACCGCGUUCGCCUUGUGCCCUACUUACCUACCUACCUGUCGCCGCCGCCAAGACUUGUUGCGGACUCCGUGCCUGCUUGGAGAGAGAUCGUCUGCAAUGCUGAACCCCAAGAUGCAGCUUGCACUUGUGCUGCUCCUCGAGUUCUUAUGCCUCGCUGCUGCUGCUGCUGCUACCGCUGAAGCCGCACCCUGCUCGUGCGAUGCGGACAACAUAUGCACCUGCAAUGUGGGUCAAAAGCUCGAAUUGCUUUACGACGUUCCGACUUCCAACACGAUCGCCUGGAAGAAGGAUGGAUCAGUUCUCUCCGACACCUGGGCAGUCGUCGACGCCGAUGACUCAAAUAAGAAGGCGACGAUCACAUCACUGAAGACCGGCGACGAAGGGACAUACGCGGCCAUCGACGGGACUUCCCUUGCUGACUGUAAGGUGAAGGUGUUCUUUGUCAAGAUUGUGGAAAAGCCAACCUCCAAUGUCCAGGUCAAACGUUACACUGGUAACUCUGUGGCCUUGCACUGCUCCAUCAACGAGAAUGAACACUUCAAAGACCUCGUGUGGAAGAAGGACGACGCUCCGGUCGGCCAUGGAGACUACAUUCUGGGCAAAGCGGUGAUGAUCGUCAGCAAACCCGACCCAACCGUCAAGGUCGAAUACGUUUGCGUGGCCAAACAAUUCGACGGCACUGAGAUGUCAUCCUUGGCCUUGACACUCAAGGACGGCGAUGUUGGCAGCAAUGUUGUGAGCGUUGACAGCAAUGUUGUGAGCGUUGACAGCAAAGAUAAAGCAGGUGUGGGUGCCCUGUCCUACAGCGUUUCUCUGCUGGUGAUGUCCGUCCUGGCUCAGCUCUACUGGAUGGUGUAGCGCCCGCCGCAAGACCAGCGGCUGCUGCUGUCCACGUCCGUCCCUGGCUAGGAGACGGAGCACUCCACCGCAAGCAGCCCGCUCCCCCCUCAGCAAGCCCACUCCACCCUCAGUGAGCGCCUCCCAAAAGGAUUUUGCCCUCCAGACGAUGAUACUCAACAUCGACGACGAGCAGCGUUUCACAGAAGAAAAUACCUCCCCCCCCCACACACACAAAAACAGAAUGAAAACCGAAUCAAUUGCAUUUGCAGCACUUUUGUAGUGCUCCUUGCUCUUUUCUGUCUCGAUGUUAUGAUACAAUGUACAUGAUGACUCCACGAAAACAGAGCCAGCCGGGUCUUGAUGGUCUUCAGCUUGAAAGAAGCGGCAAAGGUGCUUUGCAGCAUCACGGGCAGCCGUUAGCAAGAGCCUGGAAUGCGCCCGCCGCCGCAGGAUUUGCAAACUUUUUUUCUUUUUCUCAUUUUCGGGCAUCCGUUUGAUCGGUCUGAUGCUGCUUUGCUUCCAAAGGAUUCUUCCAAUGAUGUGCAUGCUCAUGGUUUGAAUCUUUAUAACUUGAAUAAAGGCCAAAUUUGUUGAA